AUGGCAAGCUUUGCACAAUUGACCCGGCAGCUGGGCUGCAUGAGGUCACUGGCUAAAUCCCAGCCAUUGAUUUCAUCUCAAGCCAGAACAAUAUCGACUACAUAUUCAGCCAAACCGGAGCCCACGCCUCUUCCUACGAGCCUCCCAAAGCAAUUCCUCUCUCAAAUACCCGAUCGAUUCAGACCCCACGAACCGAAGAAGCUCAAGAUCUAUCCCCCUCCGCGAUCGGCUCGUGCCGCGUGCAAGGAUCCUAUAGCAGCAGUGACAGAAUCUCAGCUAGGGCAACUUGAUCCCACAGGGGAACGCAAAGCGCUGUUUGACUACCGGCGAAACCCGCGAAGCGUGAAACCAGGCGAUAUUUUACGGGUUACCUUCAAAAACGGAGAUCCAUUUUCUGGAGUUUGCUUGAGCAUCAAACUCUGCGGAAUCGAUUCGUCCUUCUUGUUGCGCAACGAACUCACAAAGGUUGGCAUCGAAAUGUCAGUUAAGGUUUUCAGCCCGAAUGUGGAAAGUGUUGAGAUCGUGCAGAGGACAGAGAAGAGGAAGAGAAGAGCCCGCUUGUAUUACAUGAGACAACCCAAGCACGACAUGCGCAGUGUCGAGAACAUCGUCUCGAACUACCUCCGGCAGAAGUCCGCUGUGACAGGGCAAAGAUCCUCCCGCGGGAAGAAGAGGUGA